ACAUCACAAAAAGAAAGAAUGAAUCAAAUAUUUCUUGCAUUAAUGUUAAAUUGACUAUUUCUCAGGGGAAGUCUGUUCAUGUUCUUGACCUAAAUAUUCCGCCAACAUGGCUGACACCACUAAGCUGCAGCCCUUUACAGUCUUUGCCCGUAAGUAUAUUUAGACAAGAUGACGGAGAAAUGGAUAUGAAAAUCUGCUUCUCGGUUUAGGAAACUCACAAGAAAUGGAUGCCAUUGUCAUUCCUCUCUGGGUUCCUGGACACUUCAUGUCGUGUGUAUUUACAUCUGGAACUGAAACACAACUUAGAAGAUAGUCGACUGGAAGAAAAAACUACGGUAGGAAAAAGGUGCAAACAGGAUGACAGCAGACGUGAGAGGAUGGUCAAGAGAUUCACAAUCAGUGGACUGUAGCUGGAGCCAGAACAUCCAGAACCACCAGACGUGUUCCAAGUGUCUCUGACUACUGAACAUCCAACACCAUCAGAAGCGUCUCACCUGGGAGAAGCAGAGAAAGACCUCACACAGUCUGGAGGGACAGCAACAGGAUCAGUGUUGCUUGAAAUCUGGUGUGAAGUUUCCACGCCCAGUGAAGGUUUGGGUGUCAUCUGCUGGUGUUGGUCCACCGCGUAUAAUCAGGUCCAAAGCAAGGCAGCCGUCUACCAGAACAUUCUGCUGCACUACAUGCUUCUGUCUGCUGAAGAGGUGUUCGGAGAUGGAGGUUUUGUGCGUGAGUUGAAUGGAACAGCCCUAAAUGUUCACACAUUUAGCGGGAACCUGCCUUCAUGAAUCUGAGAGACGAGAAGCUGGGAUUGGUCCAACGUAGGAGCUCCGUCCAUGUCUGAGUCCUCCUGAUCCAGAAAUGAGCAUAGACACGUAGGGGGAGUGGAGCUGACGUGGGCCAUGGACUGAACCUACCUGUCACUCAGAGCAGCCACGCCCUCAAAUAACUUUAAACUUUACCAGACAUUAAACAGGGGAGCUGUCUAAAAUGUCACACCCUUUCUGUUUGACAUGAAUGGGGAAGUCAUCUACAGAGACCAAAACAGUUUUUGGUCCCAGACUGUAAACAUGUUGGACGUUUUAACGAGGGAUUGAUUUGUUUUUGCAACCAGUUGAGGAACUUCAGAUUGUGGAACUUCCACACCGACUUAAUUUUUCUUCUUUAGAAGUCGCCUCUUGAAAAUGACUUAGAUUUUUUGAAAAGUAUUUUGAAGAAAUAAUAUUUUUACAUUUCCAUUGCAUUGAUAAUGACUUUUUUUGCAUUGAGUUCUUACUGGGGGGUCUGUCUUACUAAACUGGCAAAUUUAAACUGUUCAUUUUUAAUUUACCAUAACAGCAAAUACCCUGUAAAGCCAUACAACUGUGAAUCAUUUGACAUUUAAUGAUAUUCCACAGAGGUGUACUCCCUUCUGUUUCACAGUGUGCGUGUGGAUCGUGCACACGACUGGUAAAUUAAAGCUUUUAUUGUGAAGUUCCGAGCAGGAAGCGCUGCACGUCCCUGUCGUUCCUUGACUCCGGCUGCUUCAUCACGAUGGUUUUCACAACUGGCGGCUCCAGAAACCAGAAUCCUGACAGGAUUAUGAAAAUCAGACGCCUCCGAGGUGCACGGAGACAUUUCUGCCUUUAGUCCACCUCCAGCACCCGAACCCACGGAGCAUUCCCACCCAGAACACCGUGGGAGAGAGGGACCUGUCCAUGGCCCUCUCUUGGUACCGGGCAGCUUCAGCAUCCGUCCUCACAUCCUCCAGAAUGACGGGAUGACGGAGGGGACGGGGCCUCCUCAUGUCCCACGGCGAGGAGGCGUUCGAGGGCUGCAGGAAUUCCUUCAACCACAGUGACGAAGCUUGGAGGGUCGGAGUGACAGAACUUUUUCUCCAGGAGUUGGUGAGGACAUGGAUGAACGAACCUAAGAGGGACCAGAGAUUCUUCCUCCACAUCCAGUGAGAUGAAUGACUGGAUGUUAAACCAAUGGGACAUUUGGCUUAAUGAACACAAAUCCUUUUUUCUACCGACUGCUAACCUGAGUGGAACUUAAAGAGAGAUGUCACCACAGCUGGAGCUUUGUGGAAUAAAUCUGUUGUUAGGAUAUUAAGUCACUGAUACAACCUGCAGAUGCUCUGAUCUUCUGACAGCAUGAUGGUGGGAUUCACCAUCGCCUCGUGACCUUUAGGUCCUCCUGAGGACAACAGCAGAGCAUCUGCAGCGCUUGGGUCCACCAGCACCAUGGACUACCACGCUGAGUGCUGCUUCUGUGAUGCUGAGGACGCUCAUGGCUGCCCGGACGAGCUGCCUCUCCACAGCAUCCACGCUCCUAAUCGGAUUCGGCCGUCCUCGUAUCGAGCCCUGAGGAGCGCUGUGUCCAGCCUGGCGCGCAUCGACGACUUCUUCUGUGAGAAGAUUGGUUCAGGCUUCUUUUCUGAGGUGUUCAAGGUGCAGCAUCGGAUCACAGGGCAGGUGAUGGCGCUGAAGAUGAACACGCUGGCUAGCAACAAAGCUAACAUGCUACGAGAAGUGCAGCUCAUGAACAGGCUCUGUCACCCCAACAUACUCCGGUUUCUUGGAGUUUGUGUGCAUGAAGGUCAGCUCCAUGCUUUGACAGAGUACAUAAAUGGAGGAAACCUGGAGCAGCUGCUGGACAGUGACCUGUAUCUGUCCUGGGACGUCAGGACCGGUCUGUCUCUGGAUAUAUCCCGUGGACUCCAGUACCUGCACAGCAAGGGCAUAUUCCACAGAGACCUCACCUCCAAGAACUGUCUGGUUCGCUGUGACAACGGCGUGUUCACCGCUGUGGUGGGAGACUUUGGCCUGGCAGAGAAGAUCCCAGACUACAGUGAUGGUGUGGAGAAGCAGCCUCUGGCCAUCGUAGGUUCUCCCUACUGGAUGGCACCAGAGGUUCUGAGGGGAGAGCUGUAUGAUGAGAAGGUGGAUGUGUUUGCGUACGGCAUCAUCCUAUGUGAGAUCAUCGCCCGGAUUGAAGCUGAUCCUGACUUCUUACCCCGGACAGAGGACUUUGGUCUGGACGUGGAUGCGUUUGAGAACAUGGUUGGAGAUUGUCCUCCUGCGUUCUUCAGUCUGGCUGUGACCUGCUGUAAUAUGAGUGCAGAGAGACGUCCAUCGUUUUCUGACAUCGUCCUCACACUGGAAGGCAUGGAGAGAGAAGACAAAAGAGAGAAGCUCAUUGCACUUGAUCCGGUGGUGGUGGAUGUCAGCCCUUACCGCCGUCGUAGCUCUCCCUGUCACCCCGGAGACCGCGGUCAGCUGAGGCAGGGCCUGGCCAGGAGCCAAUCAGACGUGUUGCCUCCCAGCGUCCUGAAUCCGCCUCUCCUCGGAACCCCUGCCCGGGUCAACCCCUUCUCCCUGAGGCGGGACCUGAACGGGGGGCGCUGUAAACUCUUGGACACGCCCAGUAAGUCCGUCAUCUCCCUGACCUUCGCCCUCCCGGCUCUUCGUGACCCGUGUGCCUCCUCCCACAUCCUCAGAGGGACGCCGCCGAGGAGGUGUCAGUCGCUGCCGUGCACACCGGAGAUCAGCCGGACCGCGGCACUGCCGAGAGACAUGGGGGGAAAAGACGAAGAUACCCGGGUGGAGGAGGAUGGAAAGAGGAGGUCAGAGGGAGUGGAGGACAGACUGCAGGUCGGACAUUUGAACCAAACUGAGAGGAGAGAGUUUUUGAAGGAGGAGGAGGACAUGGUGGAGGACUUCGGUCUCGCUGUUGAGCUGGACAUGGUGUCUCUGGAGCGGUUGGAGGAGGAGGAGGAGGUGGAGGUUUGUCUAACUGAACCCAUGGACUGCACCAAGUCUCCAGAACCAGCAGAAAAAGUCCUGAACUUGUCACCUGGAAGACCGCUGCUUACCUCCACCUUCUCCUCACAGAGCAACGGCUGGAGGCUUCCCGUCUGCAACCAGCCGUCCUCCGCUCGUCCUCGUCUGGACAACAACAACGGUUCGGCUGUUGUGAUUGGUCAGUGGGGUGGAGGGCGGCGCUCCAAUGGUUUCAGUGAAGUCCAGGCCCUGUCCUCUGACCCCUCUGAGCAGGAUGAUGUCAUUUCCUGUCCGGGCUGCUGCCUGGUGGGUCUGAGUUUCCCCUCCGUGUGCCUCCGUGGCUCCGCCUCCAUGCCCGCCUCCCACCGAAGGGCUUCGUUGUUCCGGCAGCGGUCCUACCGGAACCUCAACGGCACCAUCACCGGGAGCAGCGCCGCCUCAUCGGCCGCCUCAACGGCCAAAUCUCUGCUGGGUCACAACACGAACGGACGAGCAGCUGGACCCUCGGUGUCCUGUGAGCCCGGACGGUCGCUGCCAGAAGCCCAGUCCUGAGGCUGACUGUAGACAAACACCAGCACGAGAUGUACGGGGCAGAAACACUGCUAAAACCCCAGACUGACUCCAGAUCUGUGAAGGCUUCCCUCUAUGCAGCCACAAAGGACUGAUUACUGUUCCACACGGUGGGCCGGGCUUAACCCAACUAAUGGAACCAUGGAGAACACGGUGGCUGAGGUAGAACUUAGAGCAGUCAGACAGCAGCACAGGAAGUGGAACUGUGAAGAUCCAAACCACUGCUCUGACAUGUUCUAGUGGCUGCUGGUGAAGAACGGUGUGAGGCUGACGAGAAUCCUUCAGGUUUUAUACAACUUGCUGUUACUUUUGUUCUUAUGGCCUCAGUUUCUCUCAGUUCUGAUCACAGUUAGUGACUGACCUCCGUAAAACCAUUAUUAAUGUCAACUGAUCUAAGAGGAAAAAGAGUGCAUGGUUUAGUAAAACGGUUUAGGAGCAGGCUUCCCGUUCCAGCUCUGAUCUGCUGUGUUCCGUUACUGGAACAGCUGUACAGAUGUUUGUAAAAACAGGACGACUUUUGAAGCACUUUUUGUUGGGUGAGUGGUGUUUGGGACAAACUUUACUUUUGUAAAUCAUUUUAACUCCAGAGGUGUGAAAAACUCAGAAAGCCUGAGUUUUUUGUGUUGUGGUCCACUCUUUGAUGGACUCACUGCUGGGUGCAGCGCUGCUUUUAAAGGAAGCCGAGCUGACAGAUGUGGUGUGAAUGAAAGUUUAAUUUAUCUGACUGGACGUAGCAGCAGUGGGGAUAUUUACCAAACCAAUAAAGAUGACUGACUUCCUACGUUUUUCUAGCAGUUAAACGGAGUGAGAGUGUGACAGACUAAUACCUGCUGCGCUCCGGGACUUAAUGGACAAAACAUUUCAUGACUUUUGGUGUAAAUUCUUUAUUUUUACACUUUGGUUCAGAGCACUUUGCAAUAAGACACCAGGCUUCUUCUAGACGGUGCUUCGUGUGAAUCUGGUGUUUCUCAGAGUGUGUGUGCCUGUCGCUAAACUACAUCCCUGUUAUUCUUCUACAUCAUGAAACGUGUGUGUGUGUGUGUGUGUGUGUGUGUGUGUGUGUGUGUGUGUGUGUGUGUGUGUGUGUGUGUGUGUGUGUGUGUGUGUGUGUGUGUGUGUGUGUGUGUGUGUGUGUGUGUGUGUGUGUGUUGAUUCCACAGUUGUAUUUAUAAAGUGAGGCUCAUUUGGUAUUUAUUGUACAGAUCAUUCCACACACUGAAAGGAGAACUUUUAUCCCGUUGUUUCUGAUGAUUUCCAUGUUCUGUUCUGCUAGAAUCCUGCGUGCAAUCAUCUGUUAAUAAACAAAAAUGGCCGUC